CAAGAGGGACUUCAACCGCCUCGCUCCCUGCCGGCACCAUCUUCUCCCCCCAACAUCAACCAAUAACCACCAUCACCACUACCACAUCCACGACAGCAGCAUUCACGACAAGCAUUCAAGAUGGCGCGUCGUCCCGCAAGGUGCUACCGGUACUGCAAGAACAAGCCGUAUCCCAAGUCCCGCUUCAACCGUGGUGUCCCCGACCCCAAGAUCCGCAUCUUCGAUCUGGGCCGAAAGCGCGCGACCGUCGAUGACUUCCCUCUGUGCAUCCACCUCGUCUCGAACGAGUACGAGCAGCUGAGCUCUGAGGCCCUGGAGGCCGCCCGCAUCUGCGCCAACAAGUACCUCGUCAAGCUGGCCGGCAAGGAAGGCUUCCACCUGCGCGUCCGCGCCCACCCCUACCACGUCGUCCGCAUCAACAAGAUGUUGUCGUGCGCCGGCGCCGAUAGACUGCAGACCGGAAUGCGCGGCGCCUGGGGCAAGCCCAACGGAACUGUCGCCCGCGUCAACAUCGGCCAGAUCAUCCUGAGCGUGCGGACUCGUGACUCCAACCGCGCCAUCGCUCUUGAGGCCCUCCGACGAUCCCAGUACAAGUUCCCCGGCCGGCAAAAGAUCAUCGUAUCGAAGAACUGGGGCUUCACGCCGCUGCGGCGCGAGGAGUACCUGGAGAAGAAGGCGGCCGGCCGCGUCAAGGUCGACGGAGCCUACGUCCAGUUCCUCACGAACCACGGCAGCCUCGCCCAGAACGUCAAGCGCUUCCCCGAGGCCUUCUCCGAGGCUUAGGCGCGUGCACCUGGGCGGGAGCGGCGGCGAAGGAGAGCAUGGGCAGGGCAGGCCGGCAAGCAAGGCAUAUCUGUUGGGGAACUGGAACUGGCACUGGCGCAUUAAUUGGGUUUAACGAAAACGUUCCAUACACAUAGCACAUACAAACACGCGCGCACACGCAUACGCGCGGCACAAGCUACUGCUGCCGCCGGUGCUCCCGUUGUCGUUGUUGUUGACAGUCAAUUCGGAUCUGCAUUUGCAUUACUUA